UAACCUUUAAAUUUGGAUGUUCAUUUCGUAACUUCAAUUUUUUGCUGAAUAUACAAAUUUUAUUACUAUAUAAGCUGCAACUUUGCUGUUACAAGCACACUUCAACCGAUUGGGAUGGUCGGUUUCAAUAUGCGGUCACAAUUUUUGAUUUGUUUCUUUGUGGGCCUAGCCCUUGCACACCCAAACAACCCAGCAUGGAAAUCCAAUACUGAAUACACCUACGAAGUAUCAGGAAGAACCCUAGCUAGUUUCAAUGGAAUCUCUGACGAAUACACUGGAAUCGUUUUACGAGCAAAACUUUUGGUCCACCCCCAAGGUACCGAUCGUCUCAGAUGUCAAAUCAACCAUCCUGAGUAUGCCGAAGUCCAUACUACACUUACUGAAGGAUGGAUGUCGAAACUUCCUGAGAACAAACUCAGCUACAGACCACUGAAAAUGGCAAAUAAACCAUUCGAAGUUGUCUUGAAGAAUGGAGUUGUGAAAGAUGUCAUCGUUGAGAAGGAGGUAUCCCAAUGGGAAGCCAAUGUCAUCAAGAGUUUCGUCAGUCAAUUCCAAUUGGAUACCAAAGCUGAAAACGCUAUUCAUUCCGAUUACAACGUUCUUCCCAAUGAUGAAACUAACAACGCUGUAUACAAGACUAUCGAAGACACCGUAACUGGAAUCACUGAAACCUCCUAUGACAUUCAUCCAAUGCCAGAGUAUAUCUUACAGGCCGAACCUCAUUUGGCUCCAUUCCCUCAUCUUAAAGGAGAUGGUUCCAUCAUUGAAAUCGUCAAGAACAAGAACUACACAGCCGGACAUCAACUCCCUGCUUACUUCGUAGGACUUGGUAAAGCUGGAAAAUGGCAAAUAGCUGGAAACAGAAUGGGUGGAGUCAUACACAGGAACUCUUUCUCUCGUGCAAUUGUUACUGGUACUCUCCAGAGAUACACUAUUCAGUAUUCUGAAACCACCAAUGAAAUCGUUGUAUCCCUGAAAACUAACAGGAAGGGAUCAGUCAACAGCAUGAUCAGAAUCAAGUUGGUGAAUGCUCAACAACAAACUUCACAGUUGUCCACCUUGUCAUCUCCAGUACGUACUGGAAGUCUUGUUUACACCUAUCAAAAAGAGAAAUCUGAAGGAUUUGUCAGCGAAGGAAGAACUUUUGAAUCCCACAAGUACAUGAAACACUCAGAUGAUGAAGUGUCUUAUACAAAGCACCAUAAAAGACACCCAAGAUCACUCUUCUCAAGUGAAGAAACUGAUGAAGGCUCAAUGGAAAGCGAAGAAGAAUGGACUUCCCUCAAACCAAAACUGUCUGAAUAUUUCCAUGUCCCCUUAGUCGGUGUGUCAAUUGGAUACAAUGGUCUCUCUAUCAAGAAAGCACCUGGAAUGCAAAUUGUCGAAAAAGCUUGCAGUUUCGCCCAGAAAAUAGCAUCAGAUCUCGAAGAACCAGAAGAAAUUCCCAAAAAACAAACUUUGGGCAAAUUCAUAACUUUGACAGCAAUCUUACGUGUUAUGGAUGAACAAGAAUUGAAACAGGCUGCUCAAAGAUUAUACACUAAAGAAACCAAAGGACACAAAUACAAUACCUGGGUAAUCUUCCGUGACUCUGUUGCCGAAUGUGGUACAGGACCUGCCUUCAUGGUUAUCAAACACUACAUCGAAACCAAGAAACUCGAAGGUUAUGAAGCUGCUGGUGUUAUUUCAACCAUGGGUGGAUCCGUCAGGCAGCCAACCGAAGAAUAUAUGAGGUCCUUCUACGGAUUGGUUAAAUCUCAAAUCGAAGACCAACAAGAUACAUCAUCCUUGAAUGAAACUGUGCUGUUCACUUUCAGCGAACUUGCUCACAAUGUCUAUGUAGACAGGAACUUCUCUCACAGGGAAUACCCAACCCAUGCUUUUGGAAAAUUCUACACCACCGCUGGAAGAACUUUCAUCAAGGAAGAAGUGAUUCCAUACAUCACCAAACAAAUGAAGGAAGCUAUUUCAAAUGGAGACUCCCGCAAAAUCAACACUUACAUUCGUGCUUUAGGACAAAUUGGAGAUCGUCAAAUCCUUUACGCUUUCGAACCCUACUUGGAAGGAAAAAUUCCAUGCUCCCAAUUCCAAAGGUUAUUGAUGGUCUUGUCACUCAGGGAUGUUGCUAGAGUCCAUCCUGAAGCUGUAGGUCCAAUCCUAUAUAGAAUUUAUCAGAAUAUUGGAGAAACCACCGAGCUCAGAGUUGCAUCAGUUUACAUUUUGAUGCAUACUUCACCUUCUGCUGAAAUGCUCCAACGUAUUGCCAAAUACACCCAAAUUGAAACUGACCACCGUGUUUCUGCUGCUGUCAAAUCUGCCAUCAAAUCUGUUGCUAGCCUCGAAGGAAGUCAAUUCGCUCCAUUGAGAUCUGCUGCAGAAUCUGCAAGUCAUUACCUGACCGAAAAGGACUAUGGUAUUCAAGAUUCACAGGACUUAUUCAAGAGCUACGCCUAUCAUAACUGGGGAUCUUACUACAAACAUGUUCUCCAAACCAUCGUUUCUGAACAAUCUGGAAUACCUUCUUCCUUCUACGCAUCCUUCCAAGGAGAUGGCCAAGGCAUGAAAUACAAGAGUUUCACCUUUGAAUCAGUCUUCUCUGACAUCAGAAACCUCGCCCAAGUAUUCCAGAAGAAAACACGUUGGUACAAAGAAGAACAGAACAAACAUCAAUCCUCUCAACAAUCUGAACAAUCCACCUGGAGCAGUCCCAACAUUGCACGUAUGCUGAACCUUCAAACUGAAGAACUUGAACAACUUGAAGGAAUUAUCGCACUCCACUUGGGAGAAUUGAAGAAACACUUCAUUUUCGACAACCACACCAUCGAAAGUUUGCCAGAAACCAUUGAGCAAAUAUUGUCGAACUACGAAAAUGGAAAGAAAAUCGAAUACACCAAAUUGUUCAACAACAGGAAUGGAGUUAUUGCAUACCCUACUGUAACUGGUCUGCCAUUCUUCAUCAAAUACGAGGUACCAGUCCUUGUACAUAUUGAAGGUAGCGUUAAGGCAAAAUCUCAGCCACGUUUCGCUUCCAAUGGAGAAUUUAUUCUUCCCGAAAAGAUCGAACUAGGAGGAGAAUUGAAGAUUGCAGUGUCAGCCAAACAGCAACUCAAAUACGGUUUCGUAGCACCAUUCUCUCACCAUGAAUACUACGCAGGAAGAGACGAUGACGUCCAGGUCUACUUGCCAGUCAAGUCUGAAAUCGUUGUUGAUAUCAAGAAAAACAAAUUCCAUUUCGAAAUUGAACCUCUUGAAACUGAAAGAAAGAUCAAAAUCUUCCAAGUGACAUCCGCACCAUACACCUCUAAACAAGAUAUUUUGGAAUUAGACGCUUCAGCUGAAAAGAAAAACGUCCACAUAAUCCGCAAGAGCAACCCACAACAAUGGGAACAGAUCAUUGGAGAUCGUUCCAUUGGAAUGGCUUUCCGUGUCAAAUACGAAAAUGAUGAUAGGUACUAUAGCAUCAAGGAUUUGGUCAAAGAUUUCUAUGAACUGGAUGCUUUGUACAAGAAAGUCGAUGUCGAAUAUGUUCCAGAAUUAUCCCGCAACAAGAAAUUGUCCACAGAUGUAAUCUACAGGCAAGAAACGAAGAAGGAAUGCAAUGAACAAGAUGGUAAAGCUAUGAUUGCCAAAUUAUCUGAACUCCCAAGGCGUCAAGAUGAACGUGUUGCUGAAAUCACCAAAUACGCUUCAGCAGGUAUCCAGAAUGCUAGAAUGCAAGUGUUGGAUGCUAGCGUUCAUUUCAGCGGAGAACAAAGCGUUGAUUAUAUCAUGACAAUGACCUAUGCAAGAAACCAAGAGGAUUCCAAAUCUCGCCUCUUGGCCUAUGUUAAAAAACAUUGCACUCAGAGCAGACCCUUCGCUGCAGCUGUCUCGAUGAAAUUCGAUAUGGCUCGUGUCACUGGACUCGAUGUAGAUUACAUCAUGAACACAAACCUUCAAUCUUCUGUAACCAUCGAUGGUGCCUUCUCUGAAACUCUCCCAACUAAAAACCAAUUCCAAAUCGAAGCUAAACUCAAGAGGAGCAGUGCUCGUAAACAGUAUUUGAUGGAACAACCCUACUACCACAGGUGCCAGAGUGAAUCACAACAAGGAAACAAACAACUUUUGGCUUGCGCUAAUAUUACUCAAAUGGCUGGUCUUCUCGAUUCCAUGUCUAUCAAGAUGAAAUACUCAAAAAUGAGCUCCAAGGACGUUUACUCUGUAUUGUCUGCAUACAAUUCUUUCGUUCCACAAGAUUCAGUGUUCGGUAUCGAAUACAAACAACACAAAAACAAACAAGGAGAAAUCGAUUUGGAAGUACAAUUCUCCCCUGAACUAGAAAGAGCAAAUAUUUCCUUGUACAGCAGAGAUGUUCAGGCUUACAUCAAAGAUAAAGCAGUUGACUCAUGGGCAAGACAUGUGUUUGUUAGUCAUCCAGUCUUCAACGUUGUAGAUCGUGUUGCAGGAAAAUUAUACGGUCUCAAAACAUUCAAACCAAUCUGUACCAUGGAUAAGAGUGCAGCAUAUACUUUCGAUGGAUACGAGUACCCACUCACCUUGAGCAACUACUGGACCGUCCUCAUGCAAUAUGUUCCUCUCCGUUCAUCUGAUGACUCAUACUCUACAGUAGAAGAACAACUGAAACACGAAUUAUAUAACUACGUCGUCUUGGCUAAGCAAAGCAGCCAGAGUUCCCACCAGAAAGAUGUCAAAAUUGUGGUAUCAACUCCAGCCACUGAAGGCAAAGUUGUAGAAAUCACCAUGAAACCAAUGAGCAGUGGAGAAUACCCUCAAGUUUACGUUAACGACAAGCAGAUCUCUGUUAAACGCGAUGGAGACUCAGAAACCUAUUACAACCAAGUGACCAUUCUUGGUCUUCCUAACAAUGAAGUCUACGUCAGAGUACAUGAUGACUUCUAUGUGAUCUAUGAUGGAAAACGCGUCAAAAUUACAUCUCUUGGUGUUAAAUUGCGCAACAGAGUCCGUGGUCUUUGUGGAACCUUCGACAGCCUCUCUUAUGAUGAUUUCACCACCCCCAGCAACUGUGUUGUUCGUGAUGCCAAAGAAUUGAUUGCCAGCUACACCGUUUUGAAGAACGGUGAAAGCAGCCCUGAGGUAACUGAAUAUAAGAACUCCCAUAAAAGCAAAUGUAUCCACAAGAAGCUCCCUCUUUACGUGAACUACAUCAGCAAAAAAGAGAAGAGUAUGUAUUCAUCCCAAUCUCCAUCAAGAACCCAGCAGUCUAGCAGUUCUUGUAUGAAUUACCAGACCAGAUAUGUGGUUGAAAAUGUUCAAAUGUGCUUCACCGUCCGACCAUUGAAGGUUUGCAGUCCUGGAUGUCAAGAAGAAUCCACUGUCUACCAGAGCGUUGAUGUUCACUGCGUAGAGAACAAGAAUGUUGCCUCGUUGUGGAAGUCUCAAAUUGACAAAGGAGCAAGCCCCGACUUCAGCCACAAGUCAGUCACCAAGAGCGCCCAAAUUCAAGUACCUAUCUCCUGUAGAUCUUAUUGAUUAUUAUGACCCUUAAUAGAAUAUCGACGAACAUCCCAAAAAUGUACAAAAAAAUGUAAAUAAAGCAUUUUCUAGCAAUAUUA